UCGGGACCCAAUUCCAGCCCCGGCCAGGAUAAAUCGCGCGGGUGGCAGACAGCCUCCAUCCGCAUGCCAUGCCGGCAGUGAAGAAGGAGCUCCCUGGACGCGAAGACUUGGCUCUGGCUCUGGCCACCUUCCACCCGACCCUGGCCGCACUGCCUCUACCACCACUGCCCGGCUACCUGGCGCCACUGCCCGCCGCCGCAGCCCUGCCCCCGGCUGCCUCGCUACCCGCCUCGGCCGCCGGCUACGAGGCUCUGUUGGCUCCUCCACUCCGCCUCCCGCGUGCCUACCUUAGUCUACACGAGGCCGCUGCGCCUCAUCUCCACCUGCCCCAAGACCCGCUGGCCUUCGAGCGCUUCUCGGCCACCGCGGCCCCCGCACCUGACUUCCAGCCCCUGCUGGACAACGGCGAGCCGUGCAUCGAGGUGGAGUGCGGGGCCAACCGCGCGCUGCUCUACGUGCGCAAACUCUGCCAGGGCAGCAAGGGCCCGUCCAUCCGCCACCGCGGCGAGUGGCUCACGCCCAACGAGUUCCAGUUCGUCAGCGGCCGCGAGACGGCCAAGGACUGGAAACGCAGCAUCCGCCACAAAGGGAAAAGUCUGAAGACGCUUAUGUCCAAGGGGAUCCUGCAGGUGCACCCCCCGAUCUGCGACUGUCCGGGCUGUAGAAUAUCCUCGCCCGUGAACAGGGGGCGGCUGGCCGACAAAAGGACACUCAUCUUGCCCUCUGCACGUGCCCUAAAGAAACAGCGGACCCCCAGCUUCUCAGCUAGCGAUGGUGAUAGUGAUGGAAGUGGCCCUGCCUGUGGGCAGCAGCUGGGCUUGAAGCAGGAAGAUGAGCCGCAUAGCCAUAUCAUGAAGAGAAGAGUCCACACCCAUUGGAAUGUGAACAUCUCCUUCAGAGAGACAUCCUGCAGCCAGGACAGCAAUCUUCCCACCCUCAUAUCCAGUGUGCAUCGAAGCCGCCACCUCGUUAUGCCCGAGCAUCCAAGCCGCUGUGACUUCCAGAGAAGCAGUGUGGAAAUUGGCCUUGGACCCACAGGUGCCCUGUUGGGCAAGAGGCUGGGCUGCUCUUCCCACAUCACCAGUGACUAUUCUUCAGAGAAGAAGGCCCGGAGUGAAUCCCCACAAGAGACUCUGCUGCUUCCAGAGGUGGGGUCCACCAUGGCCCCUGAGGACCACUACCGUCGACUCAUGUCAGCUCUGAGUGAGGCUGGACCCUUUGAGGAUCCUCAGCGUCUCUACCACUUGGGCAUCCCUAGCCAUGAUCUCCUGAGGGUCCGGCAGGAAGUGGCGGCUGCAACUUUGAGGAGCCCCAGUGGCCUGGAAGUCCACCUGCCCUCAUCCACAGCAGGUCAGCGCCGGAAGCAGGGCCUCGUUCAGCACCGGGAAGGCGCAGCUGCAGCUGCUGCCCCAUCCUUCUCAGAGAGGGAGCUGUCGCAGCCACCCCCCUUGCUGUCAUCCCAGAAUGCCCCCCACAUCGCUUUGGGCUCCCACCUCAGGCCUCCCCUUUUGGGGGUACCCUCUGCUUUGUGCCAGACCCCAGGUUAUGGCUUCCUGCCCCCAGCUCAGGCUGAGAUGCUUGCCCGGCAGCAGGAGCUCCUGCGGAAACAGAGCCUGGCGCGGCUGGAGAUGUCUGCGGAGCUGCUUCGGCAGAAGGAAUUGGACAGUUCUCAUCGCCCUCAGCUGCUGGCGCCAGAGGUGGCCCUGCGCGCCCCCGACGGCGCCGAUGAGCUGCAGCGACGCGGGGCUAUGUUAGUGUUGAAACACAGCUCGGCGCCGCUGCUGGCCCUGCCCCCCCAGGGCCCACCAGGGCCGGGGCCCCCGACCACACUCCAGGAGUCUACUGGCCAUGUAUCCCGAAAGGGGAGCCCUGGUUCUGUAUCAGUCAGGCCCAGUGAACACAAGACCACAGAGGCCAGCCUCUGGGCUCACGAUGGUUCUGAGGAGGAGCCCUCCAAGGACUCAGAUGGAGAAGACUCUGAGAUGGCAGCUGCCAGGGGUGGGAUCUCUAAUCCUAGCCAAGCUCCAACAGGAGGGACCAGAGCGGAAGGAAAGGGGCCCCUCUCAGGGUCCACACUGCCCCUCGGCUUCCCUUACGCUGUUAGCCCCUACUUCCACACAGGAGCCAUGGGAGGGUUCUUCGCUGAUGGGGAGAACACAGAUCCAGAGGAUGUCAGCAAGUGGACGGUGGACGAUGUCUGCAGCUUCGUGGGGGGCCUGUCUGGCUGUGGAGAGUAUGCUAGGGUAUUCAGAGAACAGGGAAUUGAUGGAGAGACUUUGCCUCUGCUGACAGAGGAACACCUGCUGACCACCAUGGGGCUGAAGCUGGGGCCGGCCCUCAAGAUCAGGGCCCAGGUGGCCAAGCGCGUGGGCCGUGUAUUCUACAUGGCCAGCUUUCCUGUAGCCCUGCCACUGCAGCCACCAAGUAUGCGGGCACCUGAGCCGCUCAGCCCGGGACAGCAACCCCUGUCCCCAGCAACCACCACCUCCUCCUAUGGGGGCGCCCACCCACCCACAGGCCGAACCUCACCCAAGCAAGAAAAUGGGUCAGGGACUAUGGCUGUGCUCCCAGGGGCCCCAGACCCCUCCCAGUCUCUUUGUUGAGGUUGGUAGGCAACUGCCAUACUCCUUGGAGGCCAUGCAACUCCCCAUCCCUCCAAGACAUUUUCCUUUUUGGAAGCAAAAAUCACCAAGAAUUUUUAAAAAGAAAAUAUAUGACUUAAGAGGAAAGGAAUGAGUUUACAAAGACUUUCUGGGGGUAGCUGCAGAGGUCUAUAGUCAAACCAAAGACGGGAGGUGAAGAAGCCAUGGAGCCACCCUCCUUCCUCUGCAUCCUGGCAUCAGGUCUGGGUUAGCAUCCUGCUGGGGGCAAGCAGGGUAGGCUCUGAGGUGCCAGCUCCCUUCCUCUGAUCAGAACAGCUUUUGCUACAUUUGGUCUGUUGUGCUGUAACAAUAAAGCCCGGUCUACUGUC